AAUGAAACGACCCAAAAGUGCAUAAGCCUAAAAGUUGUCUGCUAGGAAUAAAGAAGAAAUUUUAGAACAGAAACUAUCACCAAAUAGACCAACAGAUUAAAAAUAAUCUUUAACAAAAACAAUAAAACUAAAAGUAUAAUUAAUUUUUGUUAUGCAAUCUAAUUAAAUAGGUAUAACACAAUAACAAUGAUAUCGUGGAUGAUAAUCAAAUGACAAAAUCAGAUCUCUUUAAUAGAAAAAAAUCCGACCAUUUUAUUUUGUUCACUUCUUUCUAGCACAAAAUUCGAUUGUAAUAAAAUGAAAUUGAAAUCUUGAAAUAACAAGUCUAACUUUAGUAAAGAAUAGCUGAAAAUAUACCUAAUGAUUUUUAAUUUCAAAUUCAAUAAUAUGAAGAGGAAAUUAGUCGUCUAUAAGCCUUUCUUGAUGAAGCCUUAUAAAGAGGAUCUGAACCAAAGAAAAAUUAGAUUCUAAGUUAUUUAUCUAAAAUUUAGGAGUAGAAAGGGGAAAUUAAUAGAAUAAGACUUUUAAAUGAUAAUUUAUAGAGAGAGCUUGAAAAACUUUAGGUCAUAGUCAAAAAACAAUAAGAAUAGUUGAUGAAGGGCAAUUAGUAAUUCUAUAAAAAAUAGAUAAAUUAAAAUGAUAAUUAAAAUGAUGAAAUUAAAACUAUUCAACAUUAAUUUAAUUAACAAUUAUAAGAGAAAGAUAAAAAAUUAUUAGAAUUAACAAAAAACCAAUAACAAAAUUAGAUUAAGUUAAAUUCUUAUUUGUAAAAUGUAGAUUAAUUAAAUUCGCAAUUAUAAGCUAAAUAAAACGUCAUGUAAUAAUUAAUAAUAAUAAAGUAAACUUUUAGAAGUAGAAAAUGAUAAAUUAAAGGAAGAAUAAAAAUAUUUAGAAGAUUAAUUAAAAGAAUAAUAAGAAAACAUCAAUGAAUUAACAUAAGAAAAAUAACAACUUGAAGAUAAUUUACAAUAAAAAGAAUAAUUACUUAAUUAACUUGAAGAGAAGGAAGAAUUAUAUUAAUAAAGGAAAAACACUAAAAAGAGUUUGUCAAUUAUAAAAUCAAUAUCUAUAUUUGAUUAUUAUGAAUAGCCGUAGAAACUAGUAAUCAAUGAGUAAUAUAAAGUAAAUUAAUUUUAGGAUUGAGAAACCAUAAAAAAAAUUGAAUAUUUAAAAAUUGAGCAACUUGUAGAUAAUUAAUAAAAAUUAAAUACAAAAGUAUGAUUUUGAAUGUUAAUGUGAACUUAUUAUUAAUACUUUGCCAGAAGAAAGAAAAUAAAUAAAUUAGAUAGAAAAUGAUGUAGAUGAACAUCAAUUAUUAAUUUAAAAUUCAUCAUUUUAAGAGUAAAAUUAGGAAAUUAAAGAAGAAAAAGACAAUGAAAUAAUUUCUGAAAUAGUUUCAGAUUAUUUAUCUUCAUUCGUAACCAACAUUAAGGAUUAUCAACAACCUAAUUAAUACUAUUAAAAAAAUUCUUAAGAUAACAAUGAAUUAGCAAUUGCAUAAGAAGUUUCUAAUUAUUAUUUAGAUACUUUUAUUAAGAAUUUUUCAACAGAAGAAAUUUUAAUAAUUCAAUAGGAGGUGGAAAAUUAUUUAUAAAGUUUUAUAGAAAAAUCAAAUCUAUGA